UGUGCAACCAGAGGAUAUUGGACUCUGACCGAUGAUCCGUUCAGAUAGGAAUCAAGCUGAACAUCUUCAUUGCACCAUUGUCCCAAACUGAGAGCUGUAUAAUACUACCACUAUGCCAAGGGGAAAGGUACCCGACGGCUUGGAGAUGGAUAAUCUCCAGCUAAGACCAGGCGAGACAAGCCCUCGAUCCCCUCUGACCCCAACGAUCAAGCUCUCGCGACCUCCGAGUAGCAGCAUAGACCGCAAGUCCAGUCUCUCUUACACUUUUGUCAAUGCAAAUGAGGAAGCCGAUUUAGUGAAUGGUGGAUUUAUAGAUAAUGAUAAGGUUUCAAGUGAAAUUCAGAAGCAUCAACAGAAUGGAAAUGGAACUUCUGAUGCAAGCAGAGGAGCUAACAGUGCCCCGCCCUUAAACGGUCACUCCCCCGUUGAGUCUUGGAGUUUGUCCGGGUCACCAGGCAGCAACCACACCAAUGGGGACGUUCUCAACAACCACAAAAACAAGAAUGGAGCAUACUCCAUAUCAAGAUGUCUGAUGCCUCCGAAGAAGAAUUCUAAACCCAAGCGACACAGCCUGCCUUUGCCUGGAUUUGUAGAAAGCAGUAGCCUCAAGUCAUCAGAUGAUGAGGCAGACUUGCCAAAGCGGACCACCCUCAAGAAUGGAGGCAGCACCCGCAGCAUGAAUCUGCUCCCCCGCAAUGUUCCGUCUCCAACCAAGAGCAAUGCAUCGCCAUGGAAACGAUGGUUCAAGAGGAAGGCUUCUAAUGGCAGCGAGCAGAGCAGUUUCAGCGAUGCAAGCUGGAUGAGCAGUGCUGAAUACGAUGAUGGAGAAAAGAAACCCAAACUGUGGAAUCUUGCAAGGAGCAUCACUAAACGAGUGAGCAAACUCCGGAACAAUGAGGUUGCACCAAUGUCGCAGAACAGCUUAGCCCCUCCUGAACCUGCUCCUGCCACAGCCACAGACAACAAUCUCAAACCCACCAGUGUCCGUCGACGUCUUGAUUCCUUUGCCCCGAGCAGUGUCGGGGACGUUGCUGAUGAGAUCCAUUUCAAGACCAGCAGGUUUGGACUUAUCACCAGCUGCUGGAAGAGAUUCAAGGCCCUGCGGUUCCCGGAAUACUUUGACCCUCUUGGUGGCUGGUGGUUGUGUUGGCUGAGCGUAGUUACCAUGGCAUUCCUCUACAAUGCCAUCGUCAUCUUCCUACGCGGUGCAUUUCGGGAUAAAUACCAGACAAGCAAUAACAUAGGGUACUGGGUGACCGUAGACUACCUGUGCGACUUCGUCUACAUCAUAGACAUGCUGCUCUUCAGGUCCCGGCUUAUGUUCUUUCAGGCCGGCCAAGGCAUUACUGACAAACGAUGCAUGUUGACACACUAUACAUCUUCAAGACUUUUCAAGUUUGAUUUACUAUCCCUGCUGCCCCUGGACCUGUUUUACUUCUCCAUCGGUCGUGUGGAAUCACUCCUCAGGCUGCCACGUCUUUUCAAGUUUCACUCCUAUCUCGAGUUCUCACAGAAGUUUGAAAACAAGUCAAAAACAGCCCAUGCCAUCAGGAUAUUCCGUAUGGUCUGUUACCUACUCUACAUGAUUCAUCUUAAUACCUGUCUCUACUACGCUAUCCUGUCUUGGGAAGGGAUACGAACAGAUGAGAUAGCCAUGAAAGAGGAUUACUGGGUCUAUCUGGACCCCAAAGUAGAUGUGUAUACAAAAUGUUUAUUUCGGUCAGCAAAGACACUGAUUGUGAUUGGCAAUCUGCCCCCACCGAACACCAACAGUCAGAUCUUCUUCAUGAACAUUGACUUCAUAGUAGGCGUGUUUGUCUUCGCUUCUAUGAUUGGUCAGAUGAGAGACAUUUCAGCCAAAGCUGGAGCCACCAAGGAACAGUUCCGUCGUCAAAUGGAUGACACAAUGAACCUUCUACAGGUGUGGAAUAUCCCUGAAUCCGUUCAGAAGAGAGUCCGCAGCUACUACAUCUACUCUUGGGAUCAAGGCGCUGUCCUUGAUGAGAGAGACCUCCUACUUGGAGUACCUAUCCGUAUGCAGACUGAUAUAGCCAUCAAUGUUCACAUGGAUACCCUCAGUCGAGUUUCACUCUUCCAGGACUGUGAUAAGAUGCUUCUGCGUGAUCUUGUUCUCAAACUUCGACCACUGGUUUACCUUCCUAAUGAAUAUAUCUGCCGAAAGGGAGCAGUAGGGAAAGAGAUGUACAUCAUAGUUGAUGGUAGUGUGCAAGUUCUUGGAGGAGAGAAUAACUCCAAGGUGCUUGCUACUCUUCAUCCGGGAAGUGUCUUUGGAGAAAUCAGCCUCCUUAGUGUUGGUGUUGGUAAUCGUCGCACAGCAGAUGUUGCUGCCCCAGGCUUUGCGAAUCUCUUUGUGUUGGACAAGAAGGACCUGCAGGAAGUGGUAGUCAACUAUCCAGAUGCCCAAGAAAGUUUGAAACGAAAAGCUAGGGAGAUCCUGAAACAGAACCAAGCAAAUGAUUCAAAGAGCAAAAAGAGGCGAGGAAAAUCUCUGAUUGCUGAGUCUAUUCUUACUAGGGAUCCAGAAACAACACCAACAUUCUUCAAUGCCGUACUGCAAAUCGCUCGCAACAAGCGCAUCACCGCCACCAUCCUCAAAGGAUCUUUCAAUAUGAAGAAUGAAGACGAUGACGAUGACUCAAGAUUUGCAUUCUACUCGUCCAGUGAUAUCUCUACAGAUGAGGAAGCUCCAGUUACUAUAAAAAAGAGAAAACGACCAAGGUUCACCAAGAAAAAAGGCUUAAUCAAAGAUGCUCUGAAGCUUGGCAGUCCUGGAGGCGGAGGUAGCUCCUCCUUUGAUGACAGAUCCGACAGUGACUACCCUGAGCCGACAUCGGUCGUGGUUCAUCCCAUCCCCAAGGAGCAGCAGAACAUCACCAGUAACCCUAGCCUCCCCAACCAGAUUCCUGAUGCCUUGCCCCUCUCCCUCCCGCACCUCGACCACGCCCUUCCCUCCCCUGGUCUUUCCUCCUCCAUGGUAACAGACAAUGACCCCCUGGAGGAUGAUCAGGAUGCCCAUGAUAGUGGGGUGGAUGUACCCCUGGAUGGCAGCGCAGGAGCGCUGACAGGGGGCAGCUUUGACUUUCCUGGGGAACCCGAUGGCAUGGCUCUGGAUCCUCCAGGACGACCCAAUAAUGAUAACCCGGAGGCUGCAGCCAUCAGGAGUGAGCCAAAGAUAGAAUUCUCCCAGGAUGAGCAGGAGAAACAAGAGGAUAACGAAAGCACCAUAGGAGCGGGUGAAAGUGACCAAAUUACUGCAAGCAAAGACAGGAAAAGAUCAACCCAAUCUUGUCAGGAAAGUAGACCGACUACACCUACCCCAACCAAGACUGCACCAUCAGAGAAACCCUCUGGACCUCUGAGGCGCCAGUCAUCACCAGCAGCACCGACGGGAGGUGCACCACUUCAGCACCAGCACCAGCAGCAGCAGCCAUGGAUGCAGGGCCCAAGGCAGAUACCGAAAGUGUUGCUUGAGCGCCAGGCAACACCGGCAGCGGAAGUGGAGCAGGCGUGGUCACCGGUACACCGUAGCAGUGAGAAGAAGGAUGAAGAUUUUAAAGUGAAGAUAGAGCAGUCAAGCAGUGAGAAAGAAGAUGAUAAGGAGGAGGAGGAGGAAAUGGAAAAAGGAAUCGGUGAAGAUACAGGAAACGGCAAACAAGAUGAAAUCAUUGACAUCGAAGAGGAGGAAAAGAAGGGUGGAGGACAUCAAGAAGAUGGAGCAUCUUCCCACAAGGAUAAGGGUUCAUCGGUUGAUCCUACACAAGAUACCAAAGCCAGCGGCACACAUCCCAAAAAGGUAUCUAAGAGAUCAUCCAGCGAGUCCAGUCAAAAGGCCUUCAAACCCAAUAUCCAGUAUAAUCCUCGAUCAAUCUAUACUACAUCAGCACGCACCGACAGACCCAAGUCCAAAUCAGGAAGCAAGACCGGCAAGAGCAAAAAACACAGCAAUGGGGAUAAGCAGAAAAAGGAGUAAUGCCAGGGAGUAAUGAUCUCUCAGUCUCGACGCAUGCUCUAAAUGAAAAAGUCAUAGUCAAUUGUGUAGUCUUGAUGAUUCUUUCCUGAAGCCUCAAGGAUGCCAGCCAGUAUGCCAGAAACGAUCAUAACCCUGUAAAUGUGCUGUACAAUUUAAAGCCUGAAAAGGUCUGGGGCCCCGUCUUACAAAGAGUUGCAACUGAUCCGAUCCAUCACAACUAUGGAUGGCCAGCAACGUCAACAUCUAAAAUGUAUGUUUAUUUCAAAUAUUUUCUAGAUGUGAUGUACAUGCAUACAUUCACAAUUCUCUUGAAAAUUCAGUGUGAUAUUCUUUUGGUUUACUAUGGCAAUCGUGCAAAUUUCCUGUAGAAAAAAAUUAUGGUGUGGAUGGAUUUCCAUAGAGUAUUAAAAUUGACUGGAUCAGUUUUAACUCUUUGUAAGAUGGGGCCCACAAAUGGGAUGUUGUCAGGGCCUGGAAUAAGGCAUGUCUUAAGACUGGCGUCACUGGUCAAAUCAUGCACUGUCUCACACAUCUUCCAGAUGUCAGCUUCUAUUGAAAUAAGGCCUGUUGUAGAGAGAGUUGCGAUGAAACGCAACUAAAAAAAUCUUGCGCAACUUGAUUUUCAGCCAAUAAAUCACCCGUAUUUGGGACUUGCGCACAAUAUUUGGAGCUUGCGUUUAAUUGCAACUCUUUCUGCAACAGGUCCCUGGUGGGUGUUUCAUAAAGCUGUUCGUAAGUUAAGAGCGACUUUCAGAACGACUGUUGAUCCUUUCCUGUGGAAAAUGGUAUAUUCAUUGGCAACGGUUUAGCGC